GAGCUCGGAUCCCCUUGCGGAAAUGGACGGCUGAAUCGGUGCCGGUACGGUGCCGGUACAUACCGGCACCGUUAUAUUCGCCGCUUUGUAUAUAAGACGGCUCCAGGUUGCUAGUAAACAUCAUCAACAACAUAUCCUUUCCUUCCUUGCCUCUCAGAGCACCCUACGCCUAAGAUCCGGACAUGCCAACCAUGCCGGCCGCCGGCGAGAGCCCGCGCGACGAUGACGUAGUCGUGGAGAACCUCUUCGGCCUCCUCCGCGUCCUCAGCGACGGCACCAUCGUCCGGUCGCCGGACCCGCCGGCGUUCUGCCCCAAGACGUUCCCCUCCGAGCACCCCUCGGUGCAGUGGAAGGAGGCCGUCUACGACAAGGCCCGCAACCUCCGCGUCCGCAUCUACAAGCCCACCAUGGCGGCCCAUGCCGAGAAGCAGAAGCAGAAGCUCCCCGUGCUGGUCUACUUCCACGGCGGUGGCUUCUGCCUGGGCUGCUGCACGUGGGCCAACACCCACAGCUUCUGCCUCCGCCUCGCCGCCGGCGCCGGCGCCCUCGUGCUCUCCGCCUGCUACCGCCUCGCCCCCGAGCACCCCCUCCCCGCUGCGCUCUACGACGCCGCCGCCCUCCUCACAUGGCUCUCCGCCCAACAACUACACUCCUCCGCCGCCGCCGGAGACGACAACGCGGACACGUGGAGCCUCGCGGAGGUCGCCGACUUCGGCCGAGUGUUCGUCACGGGCGACUCCGCCGGCGGCACCCUGGCGCACCACCUGGCCGUGAGCUCCGGCCCCGGCGGAAAAGCCGCCCUCGUCGUCAGAGACGACGUCACGGUCAACGUCAAGGGCUACGUGCUGCUGAUGCCGUUCUUCGGCGGCGAGAGGCGGCUGCCGUCGGAGGAGGCGGAGUCAACCCGGCUGAUGAACCGGGACACGCUGGACCGGUUCUGGCGGCUCGCGCUGCCGGCGGGGGCCACCAGGGACCACCCGCUGGCGAACCCGUUCGGGCCCGACAGCCCCGGGCUGGAGCCCGUGGCGCUCCCGCCGGUGCUCGUCGUGGCCGCCGGCCAAGACAUGCUGCGCGACCGCGUCGUCGACUAUGGCGAGCGGUUGAAGGCCAUGGGCAAGCCCGUGAAGCUCGUCGAGUUCGCCGGCGAGCCGCACGGGUUCUUCACGCUCGACCCCUGGAACCACGCCACCGGCGAGCUCACCCGCCUCGUCCGCCGCUUCGUCCACGACGACGACGACGUCGCGCCCAUGGCCAAGGCCGCCGCUUGAUUAAUUCCUCGGUUGUACGCGCGACGACACGUAUGCAUGUUGGAUCCAACGAGACGGUCAACGGCCGAGACCGUCUACAGUGUUUUCAGAAGUAGAACUGCGUCAAGAUCCGGGUUAUCUGCGUUGUUUUGUUUAGUUUUAUUUUGUCGAGUAAAACUAGCUUCCUGCUAUGGUAUGUCUAUGUGUAAAUUACGUGCAAUGACGUUGGCCAUUGAUAUAUGAUCUUCAGGUUAUAACUUUGGCAGCUAAGUUUUCACUGUAUUA